AUGGUACUCAGGUACCCAAGUUCAGUUGCCAACUGUCUAACAACUCAAGCCAAACAAAGCCGGGAGUUGGCAAAUGAGCAGGCGGUUCACCUGGUGUCCAACAAUCACUUCCACCUGUGGACAUCGACUACACAGGGUAUUGCGAGUAGAAAAUGCAUCCGCGACGCGAAGAACUCGCCAACCGCAACGCUGGACCCGGGGGAUCUGAGCCGCGACGUCCCGGAAUACGUUAGGAAUUUAAUCAACAGAAUGCGCGCGUACAGGCGACACGAGCAAUGCACUCUCGCUUACGUAGAGUGUGAUACAUUGAGACGUUGGGGUUUUGUUUCCGACGUCGCAUCGAAGGAGGGCCUACGGGUGAGACCACAACCGCAGAACUUAAUGGGCAAUGGUCUAAGUGCAUCGGUUGCGUCAGAGCCGGCUGGA